AAGACUCGCUCGUUUGUUUCUGUUAUUAUAUUAAAGUUUUGUGACUUCUAUGUAUGUAUAUUUAUUUGCAAAGAAAUGCUUCAUUAGAUUUCGACUUAAGCUUAAAAUAAAUCAAUUAGAAUGGAGAACUACGAUAUAAUAUCAUUCGUAGGCGAAGGGUCAUUUGGUCGAGUGUUUAAGGCAAAGAAUAAAGAAACCGAUGUUGUAGUGGCCUUAAAAGUUAUACGCAAGAAAGGCCGCUCGUCAAAAGACUUGAAAAACUUAAGGCAGGAAUGUGACAUUCAGCGUACACUUGAGCACCCGAACAUUAUACGUAUGAUCGAUAGCUUUGACACGGAAUCAGAGUUGGUGGUAGUGACAGAAUAUGCUGAGAGAGAACUGCACAGUAUACUGGCUAAAGAAGGAUGUUUAAAUGAGGAACAAGUGAAGAAAAUUACCUGGGAUUUGGUGUCUGCUCUGUACUACUUACAUUCACACAGGGUUUUACACCGGGAUCUGAAGCCCCAGAAUGUAUUGCUAGACAGCAGUGGCUGUGCUAAGCUCUGUGACUUUGGAUUGGCUAGAAUAAUGACCAACUCCACCCACAUUCUAACUUCAAUCAAGGGGACUCCAUUGUAUAUGGCACCUGAACUCAUUGAUGAGAAACCUUAUGAUCAUCAGGCAGAUCUCUGGUCCCUUGGAUGCAUAGUGUAUGAGCUGAUGGCUGGUCAGCCGCCGUUCUGCACCAUGUCGAUCCUGCAGCUGGUGAGGAUGAUUCGCCACAAGCCGGUGCAGUGGCCAAGCUUCAUCAGCAAGGAGGCACGCUCUUUCUUACAGGGACUGUUACACAAAGACCCCAUGAAGAGGAUGACUUGGCCAGAUAUACUGGCGCACCCGUUUGUGGCAGGCCAUAUCCUCAUUUUGCCGGAAGACGUGCAAAGUGAAUCACCCUUCACGCAACCAUUGAGCCACAGCCAGCAGGAGGCAAAGCGGCUACAGCGGGAUAAGAUUAGCAGCAAUGCAAGGGCAAUGAAACUGGACAAUGAACCUUUAAAAGUAGUAAACAGAAGAGAGCACGACCUCCGUCACAUACGUGGCGUAACUCAACCCGCAGAGUGCGUUCCCAUGUCCGACGAUGACAGCGUGCGCGCCACCAGCGCGUUCAGCGUGCGAGACAGCCUCAAAACUGACGACGAAGACCAGUCGCAACCCAUCACUGUCGCCAACGCGAAACUACUAAGACACGAGUACAAUGUCAUGAACAAUUCCAAUCUUGUCGUCUGUAAUUUAGAAAAUAAUAUCGCGCAACUUAUGGCAACUAAUAAAAAACCUAAUGCAGCUGUCAAGAAUCUUCAAAUGGACAAAAUUCUUGAGGAGAAACAGAUAGAAAAACCUAAAACAGAAGCCCCAAGUGAGAAGAGUGAAGCUGUUGAUGUGAAACAGAAACCGAAAAGUGUAGACACCGCGUCACACAGUUUAGAGAACCCGAAAAGUUCAACGAAAUGCAGCAGUGAGGUUAGUUCCGGACUUAGUAAGAGCGUACCGCCGUCUUAUAAGCAAAAGUUGCUGCAGUUCUCAAGAGAUAAACUGAGGUUUGCCAGCGGCGGGAACAGAUUGACGAGAAGCAUCAAGCGAUCAUUUCAUUUUAGUAGGAGUUGGGAUAAGAAUAAGUCGGAGAAUCAGAGACGGACUAGUGAACCAGCCAUUGAAAUCCCAAGUAUUGAUGUGGAUCAAGAAAAAUGCUCGAAAGAGACCAAGGAUGAAGAUAUUGAAAAGAUAGAAUUGAUUGAAGAAGUUUCUGAUAAAGAGGUAGCUAAUAAUGAUGAAAUUGUCAUACCGGAAGAAAAGCACGAAGUCAAGGAGCCAUCCGCCAUUGAGCUGGAGGAAUGGGAAGCGUUCCUGAAUUCCAAUAUUAGUGAAGUAAUGGAUGGCGACGUUGAAUCUCUCACGCAGUUGAAUAUGGUGAGCAUGGUGGUGGGGGUAGUUGGCAGCUCGGGUGCGGGCGCGCGCGGCGGGCGCGUGUGCGGCGCCGUGGCCGCGCUGCUCGCGCUGCCCGCCGUGUCGCCCGCGCUGCCCCGCCACACGCUGCUGCACAUACAGGACGUAUAUCUCGAAGCUAAAGUGGUGUACGAGUUCGUCGCAGCCAUUAACUCGUUGAUGAAGGACUGCAAGAAUGAUGACGACAUGGAAGACAGAUUGACGGGCACGGGUCGGAUGCUGGAGGUGUGCGCGUGGCUAUGCGCACGCUCGUGCCGCGCCGUGCGGCAGCUCGCGUCGGCGACGGCUGCGCACCGCGCCUAUGCUGUCUUUACACGACUGCUGACCAUGUAUUCAAGAACACCUCGCAUAGUUCUUAACAUCGUGGGCCUUCUCAUCACCAUACUCCAAGAUCUGCCCGAACACGCAGACGUCGUCGAGAAGAUUCUAUUCGACGACAAAAGCUUCAAUUUCAUGUGUCUCUUGGAACAACCCAGCGACGCGUUGAGAAUGCGAGUCUGUAUACUUAUAAGUCUAUUAUGUACAUUCUCGUGUACCGCUUUCUCGGUUGCCAUGGAGACGAAGUGGAGUAAAGCGGAGAGUGAUUAUUUGGAGGCGUUGCAUACGCAUUGCAAUGUGACGCUGAACCGGGCAGCCAGGUUGGCUACUAAGGAGCUUAGUAAUAUGCCGUUUUAUAACUAAUGAGUUUAUAUUCAGUAUCAAACCGUCCAAUUUCUUUAUACUUAAGAACAAAUACGACUGUUUAAAGUAUACUUAAAUGGUAAUUUAUAGACCCAAUUACAUAAUUUUAAAAGGAGCGAUAUUAUUUUAGUCACCAGGACAAUGAUGGGCAUUUUAAGGGUAGCUAUUUAACCCUUAAGUGGGCAUAAGGACUAUAAGGGCCACUUGCACCAUAUACAAAACCCGAAGUUAACUGGUUAAACCUGGAGUUACCAUGGUUACCAGUGCAAUUUGACACUGGGUUAACGGUUUAACCGCUUAAUUACUCUUAUGGCCCUCUGUUGGGAAUCUUCGGGAGGGCCUUUGUCGAGGGCCCUCCAGCAAAUCGUACGGCCAAAUAUAACGGUUGCCCAACUAAUACGGAAACAAAGGCCCAACCAAAUCCCUACAAAAAAAUGCUAUUAGGGAGGAUGGUGCAAGUGGGCCUGAGAAGUAUAUUUCCCAUCCUAUUUUGAACUUUUAUCUUUUUUUGACAGGUUUCAGAAUUGACUAAAUUUUGAACUCCUUAAGCGUAUAGUGCUUUGGUCCGUUAGAGUGAUAGAGUAUAAGAAGUAAUAACUUAGAAGGUAGCAAAGGAAGGAACGUGGAAGGUAGGGAAGGUAGGUAGGUAGGUAGAAGGUAGGUAGGUAGGUUAUUGUACCUCUAUGACUAAUAACAUCGACAUUAUUGACAAUAUUAGUUGAAGGAAUGCAGAGAUUUAAAACUAAAAAUCGAUUCUGGUAUGAUUUGUCCUGUGGUGGUCCUGUAUAAAGGAAUGAAGAUAUUUCGCCAUAAAGUUAACAUUUUCUUGACGCUGCUUUAAUGGUCUAAAUAUACCAUCGUCCACACUGUCAACCGACAAUUCAUGAACCGUAUUGCAAAGACAUAAGGUCCAACGAUGGUUAGUUAAGACUGUCUGUUAUUAGUGUUAUUACCUACCCAUUCCACAUUUACGAAACUAUAUAUUUUUUUAUUGGAGUUGAUUUUCGUUUGAUUUCAUUCAGUUCGAAAAACAAAUGAAUCUCACUGCCAAUUUACUUUGGCUGGCUGAACGAUUGACUAAAAUAUUGAAGCGCCUGUAAAUACACCAGAGCAAAAGCUUCUUCGUGAGAUUACUAAUAUAAUCACUCCUAGGGGAAUUCCAAAAAUAUUUUAAAUAGUUAAACCCAGUUAAGCUACUUGUAUUCGUAGUUAAUCUUAAGUUAAUUGAUCCAUUAUUCUGUUACGAAAAUGAACUAUGAAAAUGGUAUUGUAUUUAGAGAUUGUUCUUAAAUCAUACACAUAAAUUUAUGUUACUCCAACACACUUGUACAUGUAACUAUAGAAACUCCUUAAUUGUCGUAUGUCGUAACACAAUGGUAUCAAUAAAAAGGUCCUUAAUUAUGUACUUUUUUAGGGUUCCGUACCCAAAGGGUAAAACGGGACCCUAUUACUAAGACUCCGCUGUCCGUCCGUCCGUCUCUCACCAGGCUGUAUCUCACGAACCGUGAUGUAUUUCUGUUGCCGGUGGGCGAGUCCGACUCGCACUUGUCCGGUUUUUUGCAAUUAACCCUCCUGUUUGUUGCAAUUUAUACAAUUUAUUUUAAGUCUCCUUUUUUGUAGUUAUACCCCGGAUCCCGGAACUACAUAUUAUAUUAAGUAUUAGAAGUUACAAGUGGUCCCUUAUUUAGUGAUAGGUAUUUCAUGGCAUUGGAUGCUAAAAAAUGUGAAGAUGGUGGAACUUAGAAUUGAUAGGUAACUAAGAAAUCUCUUUUUUUACAAGACUGAAAUAUAACAUACUUUUUAGAAUUUGCGAAAGAUGACCAAUUUUAUUGAUUAAGUACCUACAUGUAUUGUCUUUGCAUACACGAUUUUAAUACCUUAGGCCGCCUUGAUAUUUUAUUAUAUGGUGGUUCCAAAAAACCGUUCAAUCUUAUUCCAACGCACUUGACAUAGAUAAUGCAUACGUACCUAAUGUAGUAAUUUGUAUGAGACUAUGUAGGUAAAAAUGUAUUAUUCAGAUGAGAAAAUAAGUGCCAUAAAAAUCAA